AUGUGCUCGCCCAAUGUUCAUUAUGAACACUUUCUCGAUCAACCCUCCUCCUCGUCUCGACCGCUAAACGACGACAUCCUUAGCCUCGCCCGGGCUAGGCAGGCAGGCCCAUCAUCGCUCUCAUCCAUCUAUGGCGCAAACUCGACGACCACUGCAUCCACCAGCGUACUGCUUAGCCAUACUAUCAAUCACCACUCAUCGGUCCUUUCUCUAGCCGUAGACGAGCGUCGCAAUUUGCUCUACUCUGGCUCCCAGGAAGGCUACAUCAAUGUCUGGGAUCUCACGGCUUUCCAGCCUACGACGCAAUUAAAAGGUCAUACGGGAAGCGUGCUGGCGCUUGAAGUCGCUUCCGAGAAGAAUUGGCUCUUUAGUUCGUCAGGUGACAACACCGUCCGAGUGUGGGAUACCUUGACCAACUCGCCCCUUUUCGUCGUCUACCCAGCUCAAGAUAAUGUAGGCGACAUCUUUGCGCUCAAAUGGUGCUCAGCUCUAGAGACACUCUACAUCGGAUGUCAGUCCACAUCGAUUCAGUGGAUCUGUCUCGCCGGCUUCGACAAAGACAGGCCCAAUGACCGAAGCGGAAACCGCUCUCUCGACGGGUCUCAGAUGCAACCUGCUGGUGACGGAUACGCUCAAGGUACAGCAGCCGACAAUGGGUUGGACAGUCCCAUCAUAUCCACACCAGAUCUUAUGGCUCGGCCGCACAAGUUCUUCGACUCCGUCCCCGUGGCACUCAGCAGGUCCGGUAUGGGUACCGCAGGUACAUCGACUCCCACCCUCUCCAGCGCAAGAGUACCUAAUGCAAAUCCCGGUAUUGCAAACGUCCCCGCACUUGGAAAAAGUCCACGAAUGGCGCAAUCUGGUUACAUCACUGCCAGCAAGGGAGCCCUAGCAACAAAUGUCGCGACGGAGAGGGUUCUCGACGCGGCGUCGCAGCGACUCGAUACCGCAGCCAUUCCCUCCUCUGCGUCAGGGUUGCCCGAUGCUGACAUCGACCAGCCAAUCGAUUCUGUCCGCACGCUGCUCGUCCCGUCAUCUUCUUCUGUACCCUCUGCUCACUUCGGAUACGUCUACUGCCUUGCGCUCUUGACUCUUGAGGGCGAUACUGAGCAUCCUACCGUUCUCGCGUCCGGCUCUGGUGACGAGACCAUUAAGCUCUGGCAUGCCACCCGAUCCGGCCUCUCGCUCCUCGCCACGCUCGAAAGUCCCAAUGCUGAAGGCAACGCCAUUCUUGCCCUCGCUUCGUGGAAGACGACCCUCUUCUCUGGCCUUCAAGGUGGAGAAGUCGAAGUCUGGGACCUCGAAACCUGCACGCUGGUCCGGACUAUCAGAGCGCAUGCUGACGACGUCAUCUGCCUUGAGACUUGCCCCGAGUCAGGCCUUCUCUUCACUGCUGGCGCAGAUGGCAAGGUGCACACCUGGGACAGAUCUUUCAGAUGCGUCAGCAGAUUGCAGGCGCACCAAGGCAUCGUCCUCUCGCUUGCGCAGGUCAGACGCAGCCGUUCUGAUGUCACACAAGGCCUCGAAGACAAUUUUGAGCAAGGUGAUUUUAGGCAUAUCUCCAAAGUAUCGCAGCUUGUCACAGGCUCUAGCGAUAACCUCAUCAAGAUCUGGGACGCUGUGCCUUUGCAGCUCCAGACGUCUCCUUCGUUAGGUCGGCAAGCACCGCUUUCAGCACUGCAGAGAGGAGCGGAUCGUCUUUCUCUGGACCAUGCAACGCCCUCGUUCAGCUCAACACCAAUAGCAGCCGCAAGCGCUGACAUCGCUGCCAACAUCGUCGGCCAAGAAGCGAAAUCCAUCCUCGCGGCAACAUCCAACGGCAAGACUGGCGAAAUUGAAUCGGCGCAAUGGCCGCUUCUCCGAUCACUUCUGCGCAAGUUCAUCUCGUACCCCAGUGUCAGUUCGAGCGAAGAGCACCGAGAGGACUGUCGACAAGCCGCUCACUUUCUCAAGACCUGUUUCCAGGAACUCGGGGCUGAAGCGCGCAUACUGCCCAAUUCGGCGGGAACCAAUCCUCUGGUGCUUGCGACUUUCAAAGCGAACGCUCAUCGAUCGAGACGACGCCGUGCAGCAGCUGCCAACCUGGAUCGCUCCAGAAGUGCGUCAACCUCGACCACGACAUCUGCCUCUACCACUGCAUCGAGCAGCUCGUCCGAGUCAUACUUGGACGUCGACCGUAACGUGCUGGACGAAGAGGACACUGAUGAAGGCGAAGGCUUGAGUGGAUCCAUCAUGUUCGAUCACCUCCAGGACCCUAUCGAGCGUAAUGACGGUGUCGAUGAGGAUGACGGACGCGCAUCACGACCUCGACGCAAGAGGCGUUGCUUGUUCUACGGCCACUACGACUGCAUUGCGGCGGAAGGGAACUGGACUUCGGCUCCGUUCACGCUGGACGGAAGGGACGGGUACUUGUACGGUCGGGGCGUAUCAGACAACAAGGGCCCCAUUCUGGCAGCCGCCUGUGCAGUCCAUCACCUCCUCUCGACGCGUCGGCUCUAUUCUGAUGUCGUAUUCCUCAUCGAAGGAGAGGAAGAGAAUGGCUCGGUUGGAUUUGUCGAGGCCGUCAGGAAGUACAAGAGCGAGAUCGGCGAGAUCGAUGUGGUGCUGCUCUCCAACUCGUACUGGCUAGAUGAAGAGACACCAUGCCUGACGAUCGGCCUGCGCGGAGUGGUGCGGGCCACGAUCAGUGUAACGAGCGGCGACCGCGACGUUCACUCGGGUGUUGAAGGCGGUGCGAUCCGCGAGCCCAUGGUCGAUAUGGUCAAGCUGCUGGCGCGUCUGACGGGAGAAGGCGAGCAGGUCGCUCUGCCUGGAUUCUACGACUCUGUGCGCCCGACGACGGAUCUCGAGGUGCAAGCGUACCGGGACAUUGUGCGCAUCAAGCGAUCGCUUCAGUCCUCGACGCAUGCGAACAUCGAUACGGUGGAAAGCUUGAUGGCCAAGUGGCGCAACCCUUCGCUGUCUGUCCACAACAUCCGCGUCUCUGGGCCAGGCAACUCGACCGUGAUCCCGUCGUCGGUCUCUGCACAGGUAUCGCUUCGUCUCGUGCCGGAUCAGGAUCUGGCCACCAUCGAAGGUUCCCUGCUCAACCACGUCAACACCACAUUUGACUCGCUCUACCCAACCCUGGCGCGACCGUCGAUCAAGAACAAAGUCAACCUUAGCGUCGACCAUCGAGCCGACUGGUGGCUAGGUUCCGACUCUAGCAGCUACUUCCAGCUGCUACGCGAAGCGGUCAAGCAGGAGUGGACGGCAGAACCCAUCUCAAUUCGAGAAGGUGGAAGUAUCCCAGCCAUCGCCAUCUUGGAAAAGGAGCUGGGCGCCAGUGCAGUGCAUCUGCCUAUGGGGCAGAGCAGCGACAAUGCGCAUCUGCCGAACGAGAGGUUGCGGCAGAGGAACUUGGUCAAGGGUCAGAACGUGGUCAGGCGGUUCAUACAGGGCUUGGCGGGCAUCUAG